CGGAUCGCGAGGCGAGGUAGAAACGAGGUGGGUUUUGUUCCUCCGCCUCCUUUGCGUAACCGCCGCCAGAAUUGGAUAGCAAACGUUCUGUCAUUGUUGGUGUUGACAUGAUGUUUACUACACUUAUUUCUGUCCCUCUGCUCGCGCUGGCCGUUUCGAGUCUUCCAAUUUUGCCGGACUCUAAGCAGAUGUCAGGAGAAAUACAAGAUUCUAUGCAAGUGGCUUUUCGUUUGCGUCCAUCACAUCCAGAUGACUUCUAUCGCGACACUGAAAUGGUCAUCGGGCCCACAUCCGCUGCUGCAGAUGUUGAUGCAGUACACGGGUCGAUCAACACAGAAGGUCUCGUGCCUUUUGGUCAACGAAUCAUGACUGUGAUCAGCUCAGGAGACGAAGUGCCAACUACGCACAACCUCCCAGACCUCGUCACUAACUAUGGGGAAGCAGAUUUCUUGACUUCUGUUUUUACCCUCUUCCUCAUCUUCUCAUGCACUAUUGCGCUGCUUGCAUUGGCCUCUGUAGGCCUGAGAUUGUAUGCCAUCAAAGACUUACAUACCCAAAUUCUUUGGUCUUACAAGGCUUGGCAAAGUCUACUCCAUGCUGAGAAUUAUGCAGUGUUAUCCUCCUGCAGGAGAAAUUCAAACACUGGAACAGUUAUAGCGGUAACGCAGAGUAUACUGAAUGAGAAGUCCGAGGAACCCCCGUAUUUCAGUGCUCGCGCGUCUGCACUAUUGUCCUAUGUCUCUAUCACUACCUCCGAUGACUCACAAGAAGACUCAGAAGACGAGAAGUUUCACGAUGCUUUGGACAUUCUGCCGUCUCUUGGCGUGCAAGAUCCGUCACCUGAUUCACCUUUGCGGAAUCUCUCUUUACCACCCAUCCCAACGGCACCUGACCCUACCCCAGAUGAUCGACCCACACCUCCACAAGCAUGUGUACACCCAGCAAUAAAUUCUGAAGCUCGCGAACCACCUGCACGUCCUUCCUGGUCCGUGCGGGUCGCUAGUUCUACUCCCGUAACUCCUUCGUCACCCCUUAUCCAUCCUCGCAGUCGCGCAUACCGUGGUGUGCCCGAGUUUGACAUUGCUCUGGCGAUGCAGCUCAGGCCAGGCCGCGGCGUUGGCGCCGACCCAGCGUGGAUGGUGCGCUUUUUAAUGGCUAUUUUCGGAUGGUUUGCUGUUGCGCUCGCAGGGAACAAAUAAUUUCAGUGCAGGUUGGAAUUCUAUUUACAUGCCCGCCGACCCUGACUUGCCACGAGGUUCCAAUUUAUGACUGCCCUUGCAGGGCGUAGGGUGCUGGUGCUCCCUGACACUUCGGCAUUUUUGUGAAGGAAUCUAUUACAUGGAAGGAACAUUGCAUCGCAUCCAUCAUAUCCCGAAAAAUAUCGUUUCUAUGCCAUCAAUUGUCUCGCAACUUUGAUACCUUUCAUGACACCCUACGACACCUUAGUUUGUUAUAGUAACGAUUCAAAGUUUACUCUGAUCAACUUUCUCGACCACAUCUUUCCGACCGCAUUUUCACCGAACUCGACAGCAUGCUGUAUGUACAUACGUAAUUGCGAUCUGACAUGUAAGUUUAGCCAUUUGAAAUGAGUUUUCUUCUUCUCUGA